CCGCCGCUGCUGUCCCCGCGCUCUGCGCCCGGUGCCCUCCAUCUCCGCCCCUCGGCCCCCGGCUCCCCCGGCCCGGCACGGCGUCGAGCCAUCUUCCCUCACUUCCUACCGGAACCCUAGCUUGCUCCCGGCACAUGUGGCCCCCGCGGGCGCCCGGCCCCGGCUCCAGAACUCAGCCUUGCACCUGAGCGCCGGGCCCGGCGGGGCGCGGCGGCAGCGAUGGGGAAACUGCAGUCCAAGCACGCCGCCGCCGCCCGCAAACUGAGAGAGAGCCCGGAAGGGGACAGCUUCGUGGCGUCAGCGUACGCGAGCGGCCGCAAAGGAGCGGAGGAAACGGAGCGGCGCGCGCGGGACAAGCAGGAGCUGCCCAAUGGGAACCCCAAGGAAGGGCCUUUCCGGGAGGACCAGUGUCCCCUAGAGGUGGCACUCCCCGCUGAGAAAGCUGAGGGCCACGAGCGCCCAGGACAACAACUCAGCGCAGAUGACGGAGAGAGGGCAGCAAACCGCGAGGGCCCACGAGGACCAGGCGGGCAGCGCCUCAACAUUGACGCACUCCAGUGCGAUGUCUCGGUGGAGGACGACGACCGCCAGGAGUGGACGUUCACGCUCUACGACUUUGACAACUGUGGGAAGGUCACCAGGGAGGACAUGUCCAGCCUCAUGCACACCAUCUAUGAGGUCGUGGAUGCCUCGGUCAACCACUCCUCGGGCAGCAGCAAGACCCUCCGUGUGAAGCUAACCGUCAGCCCUGAGCCCUCCAGCAAGAGGAAGGAGGGUCCUCCUGCUGGCCAGGACCGGGAGCCCAACCGUUGCAGAACAGAGGGUGAACUGCCAGAGGAGCCAAGGGUGGCCGACAGGAGGUUGUCUGCACACGUCAGGAGGCCCAGCGCUGACCCCCAGCCCUGCUCAGAGCGGGGACCCUACUGUGUGGACGAGAACACGGAGCGCAGAAACCACUACCUGGACCUCGCCGGGAUUGAGAACUACACGUCCAGAUUCGGCCCUGGGUCCCCUCCUGUGCAAGCCAAGCAGGAGCCCCAGGGCAGGGUCUCGCACCUCCAGGCCCGGUCCCGCUCCCAAGAGCCGGACACACACGCCGUGCACCACCGUAGGUCGCAGGUGCUGGUGGAACACGUGCCAUCCGUGGAGCCUGCUGCCCGGGCCCUGGACCCACCGCCCCGGCCGAAGGGGCCGGAGAAGCAGUUCCUCAAGUCCCCCAAGGGCUCCGGGAAGCCGCCCGGGGUGCCAGCCAGCAGCAAGUCCGGGAAAGCCUUCAGCUACUACCUGCCGGCCGAGCCCCCACCGCCACCCUACGGCCACAAGCGGUACCGCCAAAAGGGCAGGGAGGGCCACUCGCCGCUCAAGGCCCCGCACGUCCAGCCUGCCGCCGUGGAGCAUGAGGUGGUGCGGGACCUGCCGCCCACGCCAGCGGGAGAGGGCUACGCGGUGCCGGUGAUCCAGCGGCACGAGCACCACCACCACCACGAGCACCACCACCACCACCACCACCACCACUUCCACCCAUCCUAGUGCCGCCGCCAAGCACACCUCGCUCCAGCACACCACGGCCCGCACCCUCGGGACCGGGAGCCGAGCAGCUGCCUGCUGUGUGCCCGUGGGGAGCCCAGCACCCCCCACCUCCGACAGCAAACAGCAGCUGACUGCAGGUGCUGGCGUGACGGAGGCGGCACAGCUUGGACACGUGGACAAGGCCCGGGGCCCUCUGCUCUCCUGCCCUCGAUGCCACGUAGCGGUGAACACAUCUGGGCCGCUGCGUUUCCCGGCUCUAAGGCUCAUCUGUGUAACCCAUAAAACUGCUUUCCUUUAGGAUUCCAAAAUGAG